UGUACCCGGCGAAGGAUCGCUAUUGACAUCAGUGACGAAGAGACACAUUUCGCCUCGGUAUCGUGCAUUAAACAAGGGUUUCCAUGCUAUACAGUGCUAUGCUGUAAAGUCGAAAGACUCCACUUUCAAUCCUUCUUUUAAGAUGUAGAAUUAAUUCGCCACUCAAGAUGUUCGCCAACAAAUAUUACGAGCGCGACAUACAGUACGCUUUCGCGAUGAAUCGCCUCUUCCUUCGCGUAAUAGGCUUAUGGCCAUUGGCACGCUCGAAAUCCUUUUUUCUGGAUCUGAUUGAGACAGUUGCAGUUGUCUUCGCGUGUUCCGUUCUUCUCUUGUGCGAGAUUAUCCCGUCUGUGCUCUACAUGGCCAUGAUACUAUCAGACAUUCGUACGAGACUGAAAGUCGCGAGCUGCAUAAUAUUAUCAACAGUAACAGUAUUGAAAUACAGCAGCGUGCUGCUGUACAGGAGCCAAGUGCGCAGCUGUCUACUGAUGAUGGAUGAAGACUGGCGAAACGUCGUCGAUCCGAAGGAUCGCACCUCGAUGAUCAACAAGGUCAAAAUUGGCAAACGUCUAAUUGUGAUGUGCGCUAUAUUCGUGUACAUGACCGGCGUGGCUUUCCGAAUGAUCCUACCGUUGUCAAUGGGAAAGAUCGUUACUCCUCAAAAUGUCACAAUCAGACCAUUGCCCUGCGUGGCCCAUCUCGUUAUACUUGACGUGCAGCGCAGUCCCAUUUACGAAAUCGUGUAUGGGCUACAAUUCUUUGCGGGAUUUACAAAAUACACAAUUACGUUGGCAGCCUUCGGUUUUGUCACCAUUUGCGCGAUGCACUUUUGCGCGCAGUCGAACAUACUCGUGACGUUAAUGAAUGAUUUCGUGAACGAGACCCGUCCGGAGAACUUGGACAAGAAGUUGGCCACUGUCGUGAAUCAUCAAAUCAAAAUAAGAAAUUUCCUUGCCACACAUUUUAGUUUCUUACAAAUGGUGCAGACUGCCACUCAGUAUCCAAGUUUAGUAGAAGUUCUGGGAUCUACCGUGAUGAUAUGCUUCGCAGGAUAUUAUAUGCUACUGGCGUGGGACGCUCAUAGUGCUGUACGACUAUUCUCAUAUGGCGUUAUACAAGUAAUGCUCUGUUUCGACUUAUUUAUCUAUUGUUACAUGGGCGAGCAAGUCAUCGAGCAGGGAGAGAAAGUAGCGUUAACCGCAUGCACAUUGGAAUGGCAUCAUCUUCCGUAUAAAAAAGCACGAGGAUUAAUUUUACUUAUAGCAAUUUCUGAAACUCCAUUAAAACUUAAAGCGGGAAAUUUCAUUGAUUUAUCCGUCAGAACGUUCAGCAAUGUCAUUAAGAUGGCCGUGACAUAUUUAAAUCUUCUGCGAUCGAUGGGCUAAAAUUUUAGAAUAAUCAUAAGACGUAGAUGAAACAAUAAUCAUAAAAAUCUGUAAUUAUAGAAUAGAAAUAGUGGUAAAAAAAGUAUUUUUCUUCUUCAAGUAUCUCCAUUCCAAAUAAAA